GUACGCGUACUCGAUCGCAAUAAACCAUUAUUAUUAUUAUUAUUUAUCGUCAGGUAGGUGACUCGAGUGGCGUGUUUCGCUCUCGCUGCAGUUUGACGGCGAUCGUCGUCGCCGAGUCGUUGUUCGCGUACAUCCGUUAUUAUAAAUCGUAAUAAUAAUAAACAAUCGCGCGGGUUUAUGCGAUAAUAAUAAUAUUGUACAUAUUUUAAUUACCUAUACUAUAUUAUUAUAAUUCAGUCGUCGUGUUCGUGCUCGUCAUAAUAUCGUUACUGUCGGUAUUAUUAUUAUUAUUUUACACGGUCGUUUUCUCGUCGGCCCGCGUACAAUAUUAUGAUGUCAUUUUUAUUGUUGUGAAAGUUCACUCUACGCGAAAUCCGCCACCGCCACUGUGCCGAUCGCGGGUUACCGGCAUCGCGAGCAGGCGGUGGUCGGGUGGGCGACGCCGGACCGUAGGCGUGCGCUUUUUUUCUAAUUUUUUCGCGGCACCGGACCGACCUCCGUCGCCUCCGUCGACCACACCGGUUUUGGCACUCUCCGGCGUCCGACCACCGGACGAUUUCUCGUUAAAGUUACCAACUGUCUGCCAACGUCUUUUACAAGUUAAAACUGUCGUUUCAAGCAGCGAAGACAUACGAAAAUCCCUCGAAAAAAAACUCCAGGACCAUCAGCGAUGGCGGUCUCGAAGUGUGUCGUCGCCCUGCUGUGGUGUUGCUGUGGGUUCGCGGCGGCUUUGUCGAACGAUAAAAACACUACCAGAGGAGUGGACGAGUUCUUGACGUCCUUGACGGAAAUGAUCGGAACCGUUUUGAACACCGACGCCAGAUAUUCGAGUGUACUCGGGGAUGAAUCUCAGUCGGUUUUGGGUCAGCCCAACCGUCCACCCGCAGCUGAUUACUUCGAUACCGGUCGACCACCCUUUCUAGAGAGGCCCCAAGGUAGCAGGCCGUAUCCUCCACCGUACUCGGAAAACGGCGGACCGUAUCCUCCACCGUACCCUGGAAACGGUGGACCGUAUCCUCCACCGCCAUUCCGCCCCAAUGGGCUCCGUCCCGGUGGUCCAGGUGGCGGCUACCUGCAGCAGAACUCCGUCGUUCAGGCGCUGAGUUCCAUAUCGGAACACGACGACCUGAGGUGCGUGCCCAGACUACUGUGUGAGGUGUCGUCCGGCACCAGGCCCGGUUACAACCAGCAAUCGGGUUACUACCAGCAACAACAACAGCAAUCCUCCAUACCAUUCCUCACCAAAGACGCUCUGAUCACAUUGCUGACCGUGUUGAACUUCGUGGACGACUCGCCACUGCUCAUGUUCGGCCGAGCCGCUUUGUUGGGGUACAACGCCCGGGGAGAUUCCAAGUAUUGCACGACCGCGUAUCCGACCUGCCCCAGGGACCCCGACCAGCUGAUCAACUACCUGAACAACCACAACGGCGGUUUCUUCCGGUUCUUCAACCAACAACUACCGCAGUACGCUCCCCAGUACGCCCCCUACCAACAGCCCCCGUACCCGCAACGUCCUCCGUACCCACAACAGCCUCCGUACCCGGAACAACCUCCAUAUCCGCAAAGGCCUCCGUACUCGCAACGGCCUCCGUACCCGGAUCAGCAACAGAACUACGCUCCCCAAUACCCGAGGCCGCAACAGAACUUUGGCUACGGGUACAAGUCCCGAGUCGACGACCAACAGAACCCGAGAAUACUUAGCGGGUCGCCGGGCCAGUACUACGACGUGCCUUCGGUUAACGACUUGCAACUGGACGGUCCCAGGCCGGCGCCGAUGAAGUUUCCGUCGGCGAUCGAUCACGGCGGUGCCUCGAAUUCGGUCUCGCAGUUCGCUUUCCCGUCCGAACACACCGGCGGCGGUGGAGGCGGCAGUGGAGGUGGAAGCGUUGGGAGUGGCAACCGGCAGGCGAAAAGGGUGAAAAUGAUUUUCCCUGACAGAACCGGCACUGGCGGACUCAGGGCCGACGUGGACAAGUACGGCAACUAUAAGGGCGUGUAUUACGCCGACGGUGCGAUCAAGUUCGUCGACGACGCCACCGCGAGCGGCGGUCGACCGUCGACCAUCAGACUUCCACAGCGGCGGCCGUCCGAAGACUUCGACGUGCUCGGCAACAGGUUGCCCUACCAGAGGCGGCUCAAGUUUCAGUUCCCCAGGACUUCGGAGUGAUGCGGCGGUAUAAAGGUGGUUCAAUACAGGGGCACCUCCCCGUUGCCAACAGUGUUUAACCACUAUUUAAUAUUUAUACGAAAAACAAUUAUUUAUUUAAGUACAUUAUUAAUUACCUAAUGUAUUGUACAAUUUUACAAGGACGAUAAAUUAUUAUUAGGUAUACAGUUAAUAUAAUACAAAAAAAUCGGUUAACGCGAUAGUGAAUUUCAUACUCAUAGUAUUGGUAAUGUAUGCUUAUAGUGACUUCCGUCUCCUUUGUCAUAUAUGCAGACGGUAGACCCUCAUUUUCUGAACGCUUUCUAUUUAAAUAUCUCACGAAUAGUUCGUUAUUGUAAAUAAUAUUAAUAUUAUAUUACGAUUAUUCAUUACACUUACCUAUCUUCAUUUGUGGAGAAAGCUACACACCCUUUGCCCACGCACUGGUCCCUUAUAGUAAUUUAUUUAAGUAUUGUGGUAUUAUAAUAGCCUUUUUUUAUCCAUGCUACCAACCCUUUGAACUAUUAUGUUAACACUCGCCACGUAUAAUAUACGACAAUGUUCGUUGCUCAUU